UUCCUGUAUAACCUACAAAGGAGUCAUCUUUUUGCUUCACCUUUUGAUUCACCAAUAUUAAGAAUUAAAUGCAAUACUCCAGCUAAGCACUGUUUGUCCUAUCAUUGAAGGGUGUCGUGGUUGAUAUGAGACCCAUUUCUGCAAGGGACUUGUCCUGUUGGCUCUUGUUCUCAAACCUUGAAUGCAAGCUUUCGGAGUUGAGUUUAAUCUGAAGCCUCAAGAGUGCUUUCUGAAAAACUGCUUUUUCUUAGUUAAUUAGAGUAGAAAUAAGAAGAAAGUCGUCAGAAAUUCACUGAAAAUAAACAUUCGAGAAACAACGGAAACAGAGUAAUGCCAAUUUUAGCAAUCCAUGUAUCUUGAAAAAGGCAGAAUAAAAGUUUAGAAACCCCAAAAAAUAGGCAAGGGAAUGAAUCUAUUUGUCUCAAAGUCGGUCUGCCAACUUUCCAAACUUCUGAAGACCCAUUAAACCCUCCAAAAAUAUCCAUCAUAACAGAAUUUGUUAACUCUAUCUGUGACCCUUUCCCCUUCAUAUAUCAACCUGUCUGUCAUUCCUUUCAUUUCUCUGCAUCUCCCAUUUUCCCCUGCCUUAUUCCCAUCCCACCAGGAGAAAACAAAGGAAGAACAAAAAAAAAAAAAACUGCACCAUCCCCGGCGGCAACGCAUCCGAUAUCUCAUCAUCCCCCCCAAACAAGAAGAAAAAAAAAAGGGAAACAACACCACCAAAAUAUGAGCAUUUCAAGAAGUGGUAGUAACGGCACAACACAAGCUUGCGCUGCGUGUAAAUACCAACGCAGGAAGUGCACUCCUGACUGCAUUCUCGCCCCUUAUUUUCCCCAUGAUCGCCAAAGACAAUUCCAAAAUGCGCAUAAAUUGUUUGGAGUCAGCAACAUCAACAAGAUCAUCAAGAACCUGAAUCCCCCUGAGAAAGACAUUGCUAUGCGUACCAUUGUAUUUCAAUCCGAUGCACGAGCCAGUGACCCUGUCGGAGGUUGUUAUAGGAUCAUCCAAGAGCUUCAGCGUCAGAUUGAGUACAGCCAGGCUGAGCUUGACCUGGUUUUUCAUCAGCUAGCCAUAUGCCGAGCACAGGCCGUUCAGCAGCACCAACAGCAGACGUCUCACUUGCAAAUGCAAGAACCUGGGUGUAAUUCAACGCUGGGCUGUGAAAUGGUGGAUCCAGAUCCAUUAAACUCGUAUAAUUCGAAUUAUUAUUAUGCUCAAGAACCUCAUGAGGAGCAAUUUGCCAUGAAUGAUAACAACCAACAUCACUUGCAAGAAAAUUAUGAUCGUUCAUGGGGCAUACAAGAAUCAACAACAGCCUUAUCAUCUUUGAAUAUCAAGCAGGAUUUUAUCAAAGAAUGUGAUGAUAAUCAUGAUGAAGUUAAGCCCGAGCUUGGGAUACCUUAUGAAAGACAUGAGAUCAAGUUUGAGACCGAAGAACUAGUUGAAAGGACGUUUGUUCCAUCGACACAGUUAGUUAUGUCAUCUUAGUCAUAAAUUUUGUACAUCUCUUAUCAGUUAUGAGAUGAUGAUAUAUAUAAUAUCAAGAAAAAAAAUAAAUGCAUAUUAACAUGCAGAAUAAAGUUUUGAUAUAUAAUAUAUUAUGUGGUGUCCAUUUUACUUCUGGUCUGUUCAAGGAUCAUUUGAAAUAUUGCUUUUCCAAGGCUCACUCUCCAUUUUCUUUCUCUACUUCUCUUUUUGAAUUAUUCAAGUCAUGCACCUUCAAUUCUGUCGUCAAAUUGUUAUUCAUUACCCGAAUAUAUCUAGUUUCUCUUCCUCUCCCUCUCUCUUCAGUUUCUCUACAUAGCCAAUUAUAUCUCUUUCCUCCUCCAGGGAUACCCUUUCCAAUUAAAAGAAAAAAAACAUCUGAAACAAGUUUUUUUUUUUUUUUUUAAUUUAGCAGCCAAGGAUUCGUGAACCUUGCCCAAUACAUUCUUUCUCCGGGCUGACCCUAAAUCCUGAACAAAGAGUUCCUGAUACAUAGUUCCUAAAAAAACACCAAAAAAUGCCCCGGACUACCAAAAAAGGUACUCGUAUUAAUCCAUUGGACUUGCAAAAUUUCCCUUCACCACAUCUAAGCAAAGAAAAAUCAGAUAGAGCAAAUUCUUGUUGAGACAAUAGAUACAAUUGAAGACCGAAGAAAUCAUAAGAUAAAAGAAGCGUAUAUUUUAGUAUAGACAUGAGCAUUAAAUCCAGUAUAGUUGCAAUUUCAUUACUUUAAUUUUCUUUUCUGGUGGCAGCUGGAAAUUAAGCCUAGCUAUUGAAAUUUUUGCAGUCUCAUAGUUUAACAAGCUACCUCCUUUUCCUUGUCCUUUUUGGACUGUGAUCGAUCAUGCAUGCAAACUCUUCUUGAACCAAGUCCAUUUUCCUUUUUUUUUUCCCUUUCUAGGGACUGAUCAUGUAUUUAUAUAGAACAUUCAAUGAAAUUUUGUGUAUA